CACCAAUUUCUUGGUGGGACGUUUUCGGCUUGAGAAGAUGGAUAGGCAGGAUAGCCGUCAGCCUAAGUUAGAAUUUGAAGGGAUGAAGCGUGUCCGAUACUCAAGAUAUACUCAGACUAGGCGUGUUCCAGUCCUUUCCAUACAACUCCUUGCCCCAUGCUUCAGCCCCUCUGCUUUCUUGCCCCAUGAUCUAGUCCUUUUGCUUCCUCGGCCGCUCCUUCUCAGUAUAGCUCUCACAAUUUCAGAACAUACCACUCUCUUUGACCAGUUUUCUUCUCCGUGGGCUUCAAAAGACAUGUCUGAACAAGUACCAAUUGUUGAAUGCUCAUCUGCAAGUCCAUUGGUGGAGACUGUUGAUGGUAUUAUUGGUGGAGAAGAAUUUAACACUAUAUAGUGUGAUAGUGAUGAUGGUAUUAUUUAGUGUAUUUCUAAAUUUAACACUAUAAGUUUGCUGUAAAUUGUAAUUGUAAUUAGUGAUUUACCAUUUGAAAUUAUAAUUUAUUAUUUUUAUUUUUUUUAAAGUUUUCUGAAAAUUGUAAUUGUAAUUAGUGAUUUUCCAUUUGAAAUUGUAAUUUAUUGUAAUAUGAUAUCUUAGAUGUUGAAAUUAUUAUUUUA